UCAGGUGACGAGGACGAUGACGACGAGGGCCGUGAGGAGAAGCUGCCAUCUUGUUUCGACUACGUGAUGCAUUUCCUGACGGUGUUCUGGAAGGUUCUGUUCGCCUGUGUCCCCCCCACGGCCCUGCUGGGGGGUUGGGCAGCCUUCGGCGUCUCCAUCCUCCUCCUCGCCCUGCUGACCGCGCUCAUCGGGGACCUCGCCGCGCACUUCGGCUGCACCCUCGGCCUCAAGGACUCCGUCAACGCCGUCGUCUUCGUCGCCCUCGGCACCUCCAUCCCUGGUGAGAGCUCAUGGGAGGGGAUGGGAUGGGGAGGAUGA